AAUAAAUCACAAGUUUUAAACCAUGGUUUAAUUUCCGUACAUGUUAACUGCCGCGUGUCCCAAGAGACGCGGUUCCUUCCUCACACCACCGCCCUAUUUAUUGACCCCCAUCGCCCCCAUUUCUACUCUCCUCAUACAUCCCCCCUUUCUCUCUCUUCCUCAUUUUCUCUCUCAUCAAACAAAAACAUUUUAUAUCAGUAUAGUAUCAGUACACACCAAAUUAGCUCUCCCCUCUUCAAUUUUUGAGUGAGAAGGAAUUCUGAUUUUGUAUCAUUGUUGUUUGGUUUUGCUGCUUCAAUUUUGCUUUUGAUCGGAAAAAAUGGCGUCCUACGAUAAUUUGAUGACGAUGGAGCAGCCGUGGUCGUUCCGCCCUACAUUCGCCGACGCUUGGAUCUCCGAUAUCUUCACGAAGGAAACGGAUACGCUGACGAAGGCUCUGCAAAAGUCAUUCGACACCACCACCACCUCCUCCGACGGCGGCGGCGGCGCAUUCUCGGCUGAAAUGGUCGAGUCUCUCUACGCCAAACCGGAGGUGGCGCCGAUUCAGACUCCGACGGCUUCCGGCGGAUCGGAGAACGACGCCGUAGUAUCUAAGCGGCGGCGCAGUCUGCCGCCGAGCGGCGGCAGGGUCGCGAAGCGGAAGUCGCGGGCGUCGAAGCGAGCGACGACGACGUUUAUCAACGCGGAUCCGGCGAAUUUCAGGCAGAUGGUGCAGCAGGUGACCGGCGUGAGAUUCGCCGCCUUGAACGGGCAGCUGCCGGUCGCCCCGGUGCUGAAGCCCGAGCCACACAGGGUCGCGAACCAGAACCGGCUUUAUCCGGACAUCGGCUUGCCGACGACGUUUGACACGUCAGCUUUUUUCCUGGACGGCUCCGCCUCGUCACUGGCGGCGCAGCCGCUCACCGCCACCGCCUACGGCGGCGGGAGCGCGAGUGGGAUUGACUUUGACUCCUUUUGUAGCUUUCCCACUCUCGAGUCGUGGAAAGUCAUGUAGUUUGUUACGAGGAGUAAAUUGUAAUUUUGGUUCCCUAUUUUGUUGGUUCCCAUUUAGCCUGCAGAAAACUUAGCGAGGGGUAAAAAGGGAAAGAUCUGUUAAUAUCUUGGGGUGGGGGUGGGGUGGGGUGGGGGGAAUAGCGGUAGGUCAUCUCGGCGUGUAAGGAUGUAACUCUGUUUUUUAAUUUUGUUAUUUCUUUUUUUUUUUUUUUUUUUUUCCAUUGUGAUGUGUUAUUUACAUGAAUUGCUGUAAUUUAUUGCCUUUCUUCAUAAACUUGAUGCAUAAUUGAGUAUUAAAUUAUUAAUUGUUA